UGUUUGUAGUUGGAACUGUUUAGUCGGUAGGUUUCAUAUUAAUAGUAUUCACAACUUGUAAUCAAUUUCCAUUUUUUUCACUAUAAAUUUUAUCAUUUCUUCAUUCACAUUUCCUAACAAAAUUUAUAGAAGUUCCGCAGCAUCAAUUUAGAUCAAAUCCUCUUCCAUGGCUUCAAUUGCCAAAAGGCUUGAAGGAAAAGUAGCAAUAAUAACAGGAGGUGCUAGUGGAAUUGGUGCUGCCACUGCUAAACUAUUUGUUGAACAUGGUGCCAAAGUUAUCAUUGCUGAUAUUCAAGAUGAAUUAGGCCAAUCUCUUUGCAAUGAACUUGCCACAAAAAACAUUCUCUAUGUUCAUUGUGAUGUAACUAAUGAAUCAGACAUCAAAAACGUGGUUGAUACCGCGGUUUCAAACUACGGUAAACUUGACAUCAUGUUUAAUAAUGCUGGUACCUCAGAUGACAAAAACAGAACAAUUUUGGAUUAUGAUAGUGAAGCUUUCAAAAGGGUAUUUGAUGUUAAUGUUUAUGGAGCUUUCUUGGGUGCUAAGCAUGCUGCUAAGGUAAUGAUCCCACAAAAAAAAGGUGUUAUUCUUAUUACUGCAAGUGUUGCUACAGCAACUGCUGGUGAAUCAACACAUGCUUAUUCAUCUUCAAAGCAUGCAUCAGUUGGACUUAUGAAGAAUUUGUGUGUAGAAUUAGGACAAUAUGGGAUUAGAGUUAAUUGUAUUUCACCAGGAGCAAUUCCAACUCCAAUUUUAACAAAUGCAUUGAAUAUGAACAAGAAUGAAAUGGAGAAAGUUUUGUCCUCAGUUGGUGUUUUGAAAGAAGCUAUUCUUGAAGUUGAAGAUAUAGCUAAUGCAGCACUUUAUUUGAGCAGUGAUGAAUCAAAGUUUGUGAAUGGAGUUAAUAUUGUUUUGGAUGGAGGUUAUAGCACUACCAAUAUGUCAUUCACUUCUGCACUUAUCAAACUUUUGAUGAAUGGCAACACCAAUCACAUUGAUCAGUAAGAAAUUGAAUUGGAUCCUUUGCAAUGGUUGCACUAUAGUAUGCCUAUUUUAUAUAUAGGUCAUAUUUAUAUUUAUAGAUACAUUAAAAAAAUAAGACAUUUAAGUAUUCUCUUUAUUUUUGUGUGGGUUUUAUUAGCCAAUUAUAGGGUGAAAUAUAUAAUAGACAUUCCCUUUGAUGUGCUACUAGUUCUUGCAUUUGUGGUGACUUAACUAUCUCGGUGCCAGGUCUUGAACCGAGUUCCUCGAGCUUCAGAAUUCACUCCUCAACCAAGUUACCUCUAUGCAUUAUCAAUGAAAGUAGUAAUAAAAUAAGAACCCAUGGAUUUUAUGUGGUUUCUAUAA